AUGUGUACAGACCAAUUUCACGGCUUUCUCCAAGCUCUACCGAAAUGUGAACAUCACGUCCACAUCGAGGGUACACUCUCGCCCGAGCUUCUCUUUCAACUGGCUCAGAAGAACGGCGUCACCCUGCCUUCGGACACUGAUGCCGCCUUUGCAAGUCCGUCGGCACUCCGCGCUCGCUACCGUGAAUUCGAGUCACUCGACGACUUUCUACAGUACUACUACACUGGUUUCUCCGUCUUGCUGACAGCCGACGACUUUGCCGACCUGGCUUACGCCUACCUCGCCAUCGCCCACGCCCAAUCGGUCCGGCAUGCCGAGGUCUUCUUCGAUCCCCAGGCGCACACGUCGCGAGGUGUCUCGUACGCGACGGUCAUCGAGGGACUGUCGACGGCUCGCCGCCGCGCCGCGUGGACUUCCCCCAGCUGCCACUUUGACGACGGCACCCUGAUCGGCUUCGGCAUGUCGAGCUCAGAGGCGCCGUACCCGCCCGCCCUCUUCAGCUCUGUCUACGACGCGGCCAAGGCAGCGGGCAUCCAGAACCUCACGGCCCACGCCGGCGAGGAAGGGCCCCCCUCCUUUGUGUCGUCGGCCCUCGCCGACCUCGGCGUGCUUCGUAUCGACCACGGCCGCCGCGCCGCCGAGGACGACACGCUGCUCGCGCAGCUCGCCCGCGACAAGACGAUGCUGACGCUGUGUCCCGUGUCCAACGUGGUGCUGCGCGGGCGCGGCGCGGCUCGCCGACCUGCCCAUCCGCAAGUUCCUCGACGCCGGCGUCAGGUUCAGCAUCAACAGCGACGAUCCGGCCUACUUUGGAGGGUACAUUUUGGAGAACUACUGCGCCGUGCAUGA